AUGACGUCCUGCUCUCCCUCUCCCCCUUUUUGGUCAGAAAGCAUCGACUCUCGACACCGAAUACGAGGGUGGCAAGUCCCGAGCUCAGCUUCGACUCCCCCUCAAUUCAAGCACUUGAUUUCAGUCGCCGUCUGUUGCCCUCUUCUCUCUGUUCAAGAGUGUUACCAACAAGCAAUUUGGCCAUCAAGAUCCGUACCAAAAGUGAAUAAAGAACUUCGAACCAUUGUCUCUCUCAAUAGUCAGGCAACUCUUGAGACUGAUAUCAUUAUCACGAGCUUUCAAACUAUAAUCGGAAUCCGAAUCCUCAAUGCGUGA